CGAGCGGUUGUAAUGAGCGGAUUGUAAGUGGACUCCAUUGUGGCGCGCAAACGGAAACGUGUGUUUUAAAAAUUGUGGGAAAUACUUAUUUACUUAUCUGACUUGCUUGGCGAAAUGCGGCCGGUUUAACGUUUGUUGGAAAUGUGCUAUGAUGCAGUGGGUGCGAUAGUAAUGAGUUCAGUGAAAUUUUGAUUGUGGAAAAAUUUAAUGAAAAUAAAAUUGCUAAAAAAAUUAACAAAACUAAAAUGUUAUGCAACGUAAUUCGUAGUAAAAGAAUGUAAACUAAAAUUCAAACGAUAAGCAAAAGCUUAGCGGGUUCUUACAGAAGUGUGGUAAUUAAGAAACAGAACAUAAACCAAACUAUAAAAAAAAUCCAGAUAAAAGAAAUUAGUAUUAAUUAGACAAUACUAUAAUGAAAGUCAUUCUUAUUGAAUAUCCUGUAAGCAGUUUGUUUUCUAUAGCAACUAUUUUCAACAACUGCAGAGUUUUGCAAUAAAGAAGUUGAUUGUAUAUAAAAUGAACUGAGCAUUUUAAUGCAAAAAUAUGCAUUGCAUCCGUAUGCGAAAUUUAAAAAUAAAUUUUAAUCAAUGAAAAUAAUUGUAAACAAAUAUUCGAGAUAAGAAUAAAUAAAACGCAAUGCGACAGAUACGAGCAAUACAUUUUACAAAACUAUUGACGCAACCAGCGGGCGGUUUAUUAUUCGUUUUGAUAUUUAUGUGCCACAAGAAUGAUUUCAACUUAAUUGAGACUGCUGCCGAUGUGAUAACGGAUCCCAAAUUCAGUUUUCCAAUCGCGAACGUAACAGCGUCUGUGGGGCGUGAAGCAUUUCUGACGUGUGUUGUGCAAGAUUUGGGAUCGUAUAAGGUCGCGUGGCUGCGUGUAGACACCCAAACAAUUUUAACUAUACAAAAUCAUGUUAUCACAAAAAAUCAACGCAUCGGCAUAACGAAUUCUGAACACAAAACGUGGACUAUGAAAAUCAAAGAUAUCAAAGAAAGUGACAAAGGCUGGUAUAUGUGUCAAAUUAAUACAGAUCCGAUGAAGAGUCAGAUGGGCUAUCUGGAUGUGGUAGUCCCGCCGGACAUCCUCGAUUAUCCCACCAGCACGGAUAUGGUUGUGCGCGAGGGUAGUAAUGUGACGCUCAAAUGCGCGGCUACGGGCUCACCAGAGCCGACAAUUACAUGGCGACGUGAAAACGGAGUAGCCAUUGAAUUGGCCAACGGUACCGAGGUGCUAAGCAUCGAAGGUGUCAAUUUGGUUUUGCCACGAGUGAAGCGUCAACAUAUGGGCGCAUACCUUUGCAUAGCAUCGAAUGGUGUGCCGCCAUCGGUCAGCAAACGAAUAACGCUUAUUGUGCAUUUUCCGCCAAUGAUAACUGUACAAAAUCAGUUAAUCGGCGCAGUGGAGAGUAAAGGUGUUACUUUGGAAUGCCAAUCGGAAGCCUUUCCCAAGUCAAUUAACUACUGGACGCGGGAGCGUGGUGACAUAGUGCCACCAGGUGGCAAAUAUACAUCGAAUGUAACUGAAAUUGGCGAAUAUCGCAGCUCAAUGAAAUUGCACAUAAAUCCCUUGACGCAAGCAGAAUUUGGCGCAUACCGCUGUGUGGCAAAAAACUCGCUGGGCGACACCGAUGGCACCAUAAAGUUAUAUCGAAUACCACCGAAUGCUGUGAAUUAUGUGGAGAACUCCGAAGGACGUUACAAAGGAGGUGGCAAAAAACGCAUCAAGAGCUCAGAGCUAUAUCAUCAGUCAAAAGCGGGCGAUGGUGGCAGUGAGGAGUCGGAAAAUCCGGGCAAACGAAAAGAUAUGAUACUUGGCAAUGAACUGGAGGACGGGUUCUACGACUCAGCUGCUACUGCAACGCAUUAUCAACAAAAUAAAUUGACACUGACAACAUUGCUGCUGUUCACGGCAUUGUUACUGCUUAGAAAAGUUGCAGUGCUGAUAGACGCCUGACAGCUGCUGGCUGCUGAGCUAUUGAUACACUGAUGACAUUGUGGUUGCGGUGUUAGAGUAACUGUUAAGGCUAAAAGGAUUUACUGUUGGCUGGUAUGAUUUGUAUGUAUAAGUGUAGUAUAUAUAGCUGCUAUGAGUUUGUGUAUGUGUGCCCGUUCUGCGUCAUAUUACUUAAGUGGUGUAUUGCGUGAUGGUGAUUGUGAGGUACAUAAUUAUAUAAAGUUUCAAUGUAUGAAGAUAUCAACACAAUGGCAUAUAAAGAGUUUGAAAAAAAAAACAGAAAAAAAUAUAUAAGUCUACUAUGUAGCACAUGGAAAAUGGAAAAUACAAAAUACAUAAAUGAAAAGUAACAAAAAAAGGCAGAAAAAUAAAAGUAGUGAAGCAAAGAAUCGGCUAAAUCAAAGUUAUAAGAAAUCUUAUAUAAAAAAUUUUAUUCAAUUGACAAUUUAUAAUUUGUGUGUAAAUAUAUAUUUAUACAUAGUAGAUAAACAAUAAAUGGAGCCACAUAUACGAAAUUAACUAUGUAUGUAUGUAAAAAUUAUUUACAACAUUAAAAUAAGGUAAUGGUAUUGAUAAAUGUAAAUAUAAAAUAAAUGAAUGCUUCCCUUUAUAGAGCUAAGAGUAUAGAGAUAUAAAGCAACUACUUUUGGUUCUAUAUUACUUUCAUUGAACCUGAAUUUAAGUUUGUUUUUUUUUCGGUUUAUAUUAUAUGGUUUGUAUUUGGAGCUGAUGUUACUCAACUUGGUUAGGCUGUAUACUAUAGCCAUUGCCCGCUCUAGGACACACUCAGGCGCAUAACCCAUUUCGAUGCCGCGUAGCGAACUUGUCCUUAUUACCCCUACAACCAGUAUGAGGCGUUCAGACACUUUUAAAUAUUCCUGAUCUCCACUGAGCUGAGAUAUUGUAACUUAUUAAAAAAUUAUCUAAAUUAAAUGGUAAAUGUGCGGCUGUAUAGAGGAGCACAGUAGCGUGGAGAUGCAAGCUCGUCUCUUUCCCAUUUACACAACUUCUGCGGAAGUCUGGUAUCUGCACGCCCAUUCCAUGGAUAUAUCUACAUACUAGGUUAUACCCCGUUAUAACGAAAAUCAAUAUGCUAAAAUUAUGCUUAUUUCGACUAAGUAAAGUUUCUGGGCGGCCGCCGUAGCCGAAUGGGUUGGUGCGUGACUACCAUUCGAAAUUCACAGAGAGAAUGCAGAUUCGAAUCUCGGUGAAACACCAAAAUUAAGAAAAACAUUUUUCUAAUAGCGGUCGCCCCUCGGCAGGCAAUGGCAAACCUCCGAUUGAAUUUCUGCCACAAAAAGCUCCUCAUAAAAAUAUCUGCCGUUCGGAGUCGGCUUGAAACAGUAGGUCCCUCCAUAUGUGGAACAACAUCAAGACCACCGCACAUCACAAAUAGGAGGAGGAGCUCAACCAAAUACUCGCAAAAGGAUGUACGUGCCAAUUAUAUAUAUACAGAUUCUGUGCGUUAAGCAUUAAGAGUCAGCCACAAUUGUCGAGCGAUUCUUCAGAUGCGUUCGUUACGCCAUCUUUCAUUAUCUUCUCUUACAACUUCCUCAAAAGUACAUAAGCAACUUAGAGGUGUGCUACCUUUGGGUGAAAUGACUCAAUCGUCGCAUUAAGAGAUGUGGGAUAUUUCACUGCUACCUUAGAGGUUUUCGACUGCUUUGCGAAAGAUUCAAUCGCCACCUGGCUAUCAGACUUAUAAAAAUGUAGGCAACAGCUUCUGGUAUCGCACCUCACUGUACCAGUGUCACGUCCUUUUAAAUUCAAUGACAUCCUUCGUUUUGUCAAAUUGGCUAAAGGUAUUUGAAAAUGGAGCCUUAUUUAGAGGCAACCUUCGAUCCUAAUGAUGUCCGGAAACAACUAAGGCUAUAUUAAGAAAUAGAAAGACUAUAUUUAGAAAUUUUCUCACAUCAACUUUAAAACUGAGGAAGUUAUCUACAAGAAAGUCCAAAAAUAAGUAUGUUAAGAACGAUUUUUUUUGUUUCUUUUGUCAUAAAAAACACCUUUCAAUUUGCAU